UGUGAGAAUGUCAGUUUCCCAAAUACAGUGGACGGGGGUGUGUGUGCGCGUGCGUGCGUGCGCGUGAGUGUGAACGCGUUGGCUCAAAGGAAGAGUUCCUCCAGAAGGGCACGCAAGGGAAUCUGCAGGAGAAGCUGCUGUAUGUAACAUUGCCUCUCAUACCCGUCCUCUGCGUUUGAGGCUGAAGAAGAGUCUACAGUCAGGACACAUAACUAACAGUGUCAGCGAGCCAUGCCAAACUGAUCCCGGAGUGGCACAGUCGACAGUGGCACUAUGUGUUAAGGAUUGCCGGUUUCCUGGAGCCCGCUGAUCAUCUUCUUCAGCUGUUAGAGGAAAUUAUUUUGGCAAUGGGGAGGAAGAAGAUCCAGAUCACCCGCAUCGUAGAUGAGAGGAACCGACAGGUGACUUUCAUGAAGAGGAAGUUCGGCCUGAUGAAGAAGGCGUACGAGCUGAGCGUUCUGUGCGACUGUGAGAUCGCCCUCAUCAUCUUCAACAGCUCCAACAAGCUGUUCCAGUACGCCAGCACUGACAUGGACAAAGUGCUGCUCAAGUACACCGAGUACAACGAGCCGCACGAGAGCCGGACCAACGCUGACAUUGUGGAGGCCCUGAACAAGAAGGAGCACCGAGGCUGUGACAGCCCCGAUGCGGACGCCUCCUACGUCCUCACGCCCCACACCGAGGAGAAGUACAAGAAGAUCAAUGAGGAGUUUGACAACAUGAUGAAGAGUCAUAAAAUUACCCCGGGCCCUCCACAGCAGAACUUCAUGCAUGGCAGCAUGUCGUACAGCCCCGGAGGAGGAGGAGGUGGGGGUGGAGGAGGAGGAGAGACCUCCCAUGCUUUAGCUGCAGCCACAGCAGCUCUGGCCGACAGUGGGAUCCUCUCCUCACCUCACACCCACCUCCACAGGAACAUGAACCCCCCACAGAGACCUCCCAGCACUGGGAACACAGGUGGCCUGCAGAGCAGUUCUAAUAUGGCUCUGCAGAACGGGUCUGGACCAGUUGUGAACGGUUUUGUGGACUCGCCUGGUGGAGGCAGCUUGGCGAAACUCAUCUCGCCCAAAUCUCCUUCUCCUCUUCCACAUCUGGGGAACAACCUGGUCCCUACCAGCCACAAGACAGACCUCCGAAUGGUCAUCCCUCAGUCCAAAGGCCUGAUGCAAUCAUUGGGUAACCAGAGGCAGACUCAGUCCCCCCCGGUGGUCUCUGUUAACACACCCAGCCUGCCUCACCAGAGUCUGGUGUACUGCGGCAUCAGCUCCGCCUACAACAACGAUUACUCGCUGAGCAGUGCCGAGCUGCCGGGCUUCGGCUCCCCUGCGGGUCUCUCUUUGGGCUCCAUGACAGCCUGGCAGCACCAGCUGGGCUCACUGGGGUCUGGAAACACCAACGUCUCCAUCAGCUCCAGCUCCAACCACCACCUCAACAUCAAAGCCGAGCCAAUCUCCCCACCCCGCGACCACCUCAGCCAAUCAGGGUACAUGACCCAGGCUCACGCCCCUCCCCAUCCCCUGUCGUCCACCAGAGCAGAGAUGGGAAGGUCUCCUGCAGACAGCGUCAGCUCCUCCUGCAGCUCCCACGAGGGCGGCAGCGACCGGGAGGAGCAGCAGCGGCUGGACUUCCUCGCGCUCCCCACGAGCCGCUCGGAGGGCCGGGAGACUCCGGCGGUCAAACGAAUGCGGAUGGACAGCUGGGUGACAUAGACGCCUCGCCGGGGGGAACGCAGGAGGGACGCUGUUAAUGCAAAAUUACGUGUGGAUUGAUGUGUUCUGUUAUUUCUAUUCAGUUCUUUUUUUUUUGUCAAAUUAUUUCAGAAGGUUCGAGCAAAAAUACCGAAUCCGUCCAAAUCAUCUUCCAGAAAACACAACAUGUCGUCCUUUUCUAACAUACAUCAUUCAAGCAUCACAGACUUUUAUUGUGGGUCCACAUUGCAGUACAUUCUGUCCUGUGACCAUCCCGUGGGAAGCAGCGCUGUGAAGCAGUGAAGGGCUUCUGGAUGUUUCCCACUGCGUAGCACCCUCCAUUCAUUUCUGAUCUUCUCAGGGAUUGAACAAGUCUAACAUGAAAGCAAUACUCCCUCACCAUCAUAGAACCAUAUAUUUAUAUCAGCCAAAGCCGUAUGCUGUGUUUGUUUUUAUGUUGUGCACAAAAUAAGACAAUAAUUCAUUCAGAGAUCAACGGAAGCAAUGGACGCUUGUUCUGUAUGUGCUAUCCAAAUAUGUCGUUAUUGUUUUGUACAUACUCUCUUUAAUAUAUAUAUAUAAAUAUAUAUCUCACUUUUGGUGUAACUAUAUGUCGUUGGUCUUCCCAUUGCAUCGGCCUGGCUCAAACAUGACUCCUCCAACUGACUUUACAAAGGUCUAUUUAUGUGGAUUCCAACAGUUAUUGAUGGUCUUUUCUUCUCAAGUGUUUCUUGAUGUUUCACCUGUAUUGUGAAAUAAACGAAAGGGAAGUGCACUCUAGAAAAUAUUUUGUUACGGUCCUAACAAAUCUAGGUCUUCAUAUAUUGUUUUACUAUAAAAUUCAAAAGUAGCAAUAAAAAGUGGUAAAACUUCUGCAGGUUUGAACAAUGGCAUGAGAAGAAAUCUGCUUUAUUGAUUACAGAAGGGAUGUUGUGUCACAUUCACAGCAGUGAAACACCCAAGUGGAAAGUUGCAGUUACGUAAUGUACAUUUGUACAUGAGCGUACUUCCUCUAAUGUUUAUGUAAAGGUGCAAUGAAGUUAUUAAACUUAAAGAUGCAAACAAAACAUUUGAACAAAAGUUCAUGAGUACAGGGUUGGGACGCGUUUUUCACUUCAAUGCAUGGUUUUUAUAAUAAAGAUAAAGACAAUUGAAAUGUAAGAGAGUAAAGGCAUAGG